AUGGCGAGCUCCGAUUUUCUCCCUUCACUAUCUCAGUUUGACAUCGAGCACGCCGCACAAUUGAUUCAGCAAGCGUAUUCUCCAUCGGGACCAGUGGUUCCAGAAGAACUCAAACGUCUUCAACAAGACCUUUUCGAGCUUCAAAAGCGACCUGAAGCAUGGGGACUGGUGGUACCUCUUCUGAAUCAUCAAGAUCAAAAUGUUCAGUUUUAUGGCGCCCAUACCGCCCAAGUCAAGAUUGCGAGAGACUGGGCAAUGUUCCCAAAUGAACAUAUAGAGGCUCUUCGUGAUCUCAUCGUGCAGUUGACCGCACAUUCGAUAGCUAUAGGAAGGAGCAAGUUUAUCCUGCGUAAACUUUUUGUUGCAAUCAACUCUCUGGCAAUUAGGCUAGUCCCAGGGCGCCAUUCACAAUGGCCGGACUGGAUUAUGUCGUGUAUAACUGCAUUCUCCAAUCAAGGUGCAUCUGUUGAAUAUCUUCACGAUUUUUUGGCCAUCACUGCAGAGGAAAUGGGUAAUGCCGAUCUCCUGAAACCUCAAAGAGAUGACAUCCUUAGAGUUAUGUCGGAAGCUGUUCCAAUGAUUGUUCAAGCCAUCACAAACACAAUUACUCAGCCUCUGGGUUCUAUACCUACCCAACACUAUCUUUCUGCACUUCGAUGUUUACAGGCAUGGUUAGGUCAUAUCAACGCAAACCAUCUAACACCCCUCAUCCCUAUCCUUAUACAGCUACUCGACCCAAAAUUUCCUGAAAUCUUUAUCGGGGCGUCAGACGCGUUGCAAGAAAUCACCACGAAAUCACCGUUAUCUGACGGGUCAGGGUCUAAGACUCUGACAGAACCGCUCAUGAUAUGGAUGGACACUGUCGGUCGUCAAAUCAUGGAAGCGAUACUCGCCGACGAGGACAUUCUCCCAGUUUCGCAUUCCUUGUGCAAGCUAGUCGUCGCACUCGGAGACCACUCGACGUCAUACAUCGCAACCAACAUCGCCUCCUCCAGUCCUGUUUCUACUGGCCCUACGACGCCGCCAACAACCAAAGGCCAACUUACACAAAGCUUCCUUAGUCUUCUGCUGGCAUUUACUGCCCUUCCAGGGCAUUAUGGCGUCGACGAAGAAGAGAGCGAAUUGACCCUAGGGUUCUGGUACCUGUUCCAGGAAGCAUUGUGGAGCACCGACUACUACUUCGAAGACGGUGAUGAUGAUAGAUCACCGGCUCCUGCUGACACUGAUGUGGCAGAGAGCAAGCAAGUGCUGAUGGCCAAGGCGGUGUUUAGUGAAGUUGUUAAGGUUUUGAGGCGGAAGGUCGCGUUUCCACCGUCGGGAAGUGGUUGGUCACGAGAUGAAGUUGAAAAAUUCCAAGUGUACCGACGAGAUGUUGGGGAUACUCUGAUCAAUGCCUAUUACGUUCUACGAGAAGAUAUGCUUGGAUACUAUGUCAACGACGUUGCUGAGCGGUUAGCAGCACGCAAAGAAGGUGAUGGAUGGCAAGAAAUUGAAGCUACGCUUCAUUGUAUAAUGUCUAUACAGGAAGCCGUUGACAUGGAGACAGUUCCACAUCUUGACAGACUAUUUAGCCCUGAUAUAUUUGGGAGAUUGCCGUCAACAGGGAGGUCGAGGGUUAGAAGAACGGCUCUGGGUGUUAUUGGUUCUUACUCCUCGUGGUUUGCCACCUCAGGGGCUACGUCAGCGCAACCAAAUCUCUUGCUGACCGUCCUGUCAUAUGUCGUCUCAGCAUUGCCUGAUCCAACUCUUAGUUUACCGGCAGCAACAGCGCUACGAAAUUUGUGCGAGGCAAACAGAAAAGAGUUGGCCCUCCAUAUCGCGGCAUUUGGAGAACUACAUGCUAAUAUCGGCAAUAUUCCUGAUUCGGAGAAAAGCAAGGUUCUUCAAUCGAUCGCCAGUGUUAUUCAGGCAAUUCCGCCACUAGAGUCAAUACCUUCUAUUGAGGCCAUUGUGGCUCCAAGUGUGCAACGGAUCUUCGACGCUCUCCAAAUAGCACCCACGAAUCCUGAGGAAGCUCAACUUUCGAUUACUCUCCAUCUAGAAACUCUCGCAGGUAUAGCAAAGGGCCUAACUCGGAGUUCCGACGGCUUAGUGCUCGAAGAUGAUUCGGAUCCUGACGUGCAGGCCCAAAUUGAAAGCAUCAAGCAAGCGCGCGAAGAUCCUAGAACAAUAAAAAUCCGCGAGAGCAUUUUUGCUGCCAUCCGGGCGGUUGUGGAGUUGUGGUCUGCACAUUCUGACAUUUCUCAUGGGUUGAGCGAAUUGUGUAAAUCAAUCACUGCGCUACCAGCGGACACCACUGUCAUUUCUCUCCCUGCUGGGCCGCUUCUGGAGCUUGUAUGCUUGGCUGCGCAGCGCCAGCUUACGGCUGCAUGGCUAUCUCUCGCACACAUUCUCAUUGCCCAGUUAAAUCCACCGAUCUACUCUGUCAUUCUCAAGAAUGGCCCGUCAACCGAAGCUGAGAUGAUAAUCCAGAGAUUGCUACCUAUUCUUUUAGAAACCGCGUUGACAAGACUGGGGGCUGAAGGGGCCAUGGAAAGCAAUCCAGACAUUGUCCAAGGCUUCUUCUCAUGUAUGGAAAAGACUGCUGCAGAAUUUACAAGCGCUUUUUAUGCUUUACCCCGGGGCCUUUUUGACGCCCUCAUUCAAUGUGCAAUCAAGGCGCUGACUCUCCAAGAACGAUAUUCUUUGGUUUCAGCUUGCAACUUCCUAUCGACGCUUAUUCAUCGAUCUUCACUGACAGAUGAGCUUAUCGCCAACAAAACGGCAUUCAUGGCAGUUCACGGACGAGCGAUCAUGCAGGCCAUCUUGGAAGGAUUUGCUGGCGUGGCGCCUCGUAGUGCGGUGCCAAACCUUAUCGAGAUGCUGGGCACGCUUCUCAGCAGAGCAAAUGGGCCUGAAGGUGGAGUUGGUGGUGGUGCCCCUCAAUGGAUGAAAGAGAUAUUGUUGUCUGAACACUUCGUUCCGAGUAAGGCGGGACCAGAUGCAAAGACCAAAUUCAUGAAAGCAGUUUCAGGAUCCCGUUCAUUGAAACGGACGAGGGAAGCAGCUCAGCAAUUUACAUUGAUUGCGCGAGGACUUGAAGGAUCGAACUUCGGAUAUACGACGCUGACGAUGUAA